AACAUUAUUUAACUUAAAAUAAUGGAACAAGAACGUUUAACAACAGAUUCACGUUUAUCAAUACCAAAAUCAAGUUUUAGUGAAGAACCAGACCAUCACCUACCACCGAGGUCACCUUUAACAUUAGAAUUAGCAACACCUCUUGAGAGAGACCUAAGACAACGAUAUGAAAUAACCCAUGAGAACUUUCAAGACAAUGGAAGUGAUCACUGUGAUUUUCAUGAAUACUCUAGACCAGGCGGAGAUCAAGGGUUGGUCAUUAUUUUUAAUCAAGAAUUUUUUGAUAUUGACCUUCCUAAACGUGCGGGAACAUCCAAAGAUGAAGCAAAUUUGAGAGAGACUUUCUUAAAGUUGGGUUUUAAUGUCAAGAUGCAAACAAUCCAUCGAGACUUUGGACGUCGACAAAUUCAAGAUGUUUGUAAAAUGUAUGCAGAAAAUUACGAAACAGAACAUUCAAACUCCCUAAUUGUUAUAUUUAUGUCGCAUGGUGAUAAAAAUAACGUUUUAUACACUAGGGAUGGGCACAUUGAAGUAAUGGAUGUAAUUCAGCCUCUUUCAGUUCCAUUUAAAAAUAAACCAAAGAUGUUCAUUUUUCAAGCUUGCAAAGGAACGGUAGAUGAUAUAAAGACUAACAUGAUACAACAUGAAACGAAUGAAUUGAUAUUUCCUAUCUAUAAUUUACCAUCAGAUACAAUUAUUUAUUACUCAACUGUUGAGGGAAACGUAAGUAUUAGAGAUUUCAUUGAUGGAACUUGGUUAAUUAGCGAACUCUGUAAAAAUUUCCUAAUGUAUGGGAGAAGAGAAGAUAUCAUCAGUUUGCUCCAAAGAACCACAAAAUGUGUUUCAAUAUACCAAACUUAUCUAAAAGACGAGAAAAUUCAUUAUAAGCAAAUGCCUGUUAUAGUUUCCACACUACAAAAAAAAUUUUAUUUAUCAUCAAAUAAAUAUCGUGAAAAUAUGCACAUUUCAAACAAUAACAUCAAAGAAGCUGCAAAUUCCCUAACUAAAUUAGUCCAACAAUUUAAAUAAAAAAAAAGUAAAAUCCAAGAACGGAAUCAUAACCUAUUUAUUAGGGUACGUUCUAAAAUUAAUAAAACAUUAAUUUAAUAAAGUAUAUUUCAAAUUA